AUGAGUUUGUCAGCAAAAGACAUCAUCAAACUUUCCAUUUCCAGAGAUUCAAAGGAACGUUUAGCCUUUGCAAGAAAAAUAGCCGAAUUAUGUCAAAUGCUUGCACCUGAUGCCGUUAGAUUACAAUUAUUACCUUUUAUUAUCGAUUGGGUUGAUUUAACAGAUGAAGUAAUCAUCUACACAGUUGCAAAUCAAGUCAUAUACCUCGCUAUACGAAUGGGUGGCAUUGGAUUUGCUUCACCUCUUAUUAUGCACUUGCUGACUUCACAAAACAAAUUAGUUAGAGUCAAACUAACAGAACAGAUACUCAAAUUCAAAGAUGAUGCUACUGCAUUCCAAUUUAUGAACGCAAUGGUAAGAUCAGUUUAUGACUCUGUAAGAUCUUUUGUUCCAAAGGUUGUUAACAUUCUUUCGUCGCAAAAAGACAUACAAACAGUUCUUUUACACCUCACUUCAGAUAAAUCUUUUGCAGUUAAAAGAGCCGUUUUGGAAUCAUUAGUGAACCAAGAACCAGAAACAGCAAAAUUAGUUGCCGUCCAAAUGCUUGAUGAUUUGGAUGAUAAAAUCAGAAGUUUCAUUUCUUCAGCAACAAUAAAAUUCCCAUUUUGGACUUCAUCUUUACUUCCAAGGCUUGAAAAUGAUCCAUCAUGGAGAGUUCGAGCAUCAAUUGCAGCUCAGUCGGUUAAUUGCGUUGUUUUAACUCCUGUUCUUCCUUCAUUAUAUCGUCUUACGAAAGAUCCUUCAUGGGAAGUACGUUUGAUUACACUCAGAACAAUCUCAUCGAUAUUAUUCAAGAAGCCAGAUAUUACAUUUCAAGAAACUUCAAAGUUACUCGAAGAUAUCUCAAAAAAUUUCCAAAAAUCUCAACAGAAAUCCACACUUAUUGCAUACAUAGACGUAGUUAUUUCUCUUAUAUGCAGUUCGGCCAACCGUCUUGAGGAUUCUGUUUGGUCUCCAAUUGUAGAUUCGAUACUUAACAUCCAGAACUCCCAAGUUCGCCUACAUUUCUUCAUAGUUGCAGCCCAACAGAAUAUUUCGGCCAUCACCCCAUUGAUUUCUGAAAAAUUUAUGAGAAAUCUUCCAUCCUUCAUGAAUGACAAGAAAUGGAGGGUCAGGGAAGAAGCGGCCAAGCAUCUUUUGUUAUUUAGAACCUAUUUCUCCAACCCAGAUAUCGUUUCUUUCAUCGAUUCCUCAGCAAUGACAUUUAUGAAUGACGAGACACUUCCAGUAAAAGUGGCCGCUUCAAAGUUUAUUGCACAGACAUCCCCUGUUUCAACUGAAAAUCCAAUCCCGGCUUACGUGAAAGAACUUAUGACAGUUCCAAGUUUCAGAAAGAGACAAAACGCGGUUAUGAUUCUCAAUGAAUUACGCAGUUUUACUACAAAUCCGGCUGUUAAACAUGCUUGCGAGGAAAAACUUAAGGAAUUGCAAUCAGAUAAAGUAGAACUUGUUGCUGGAUUCGCCAAGAAUCCUAUUAUUCAUUAG